CUGGUUUUAAUAUAAUAACGUGAGUCCUCGUUCGUUCUUUUUAUAUAUGUAAGAGCCGGCCGCAUGUAAUUUCGAUGGAAAGGUGUGAUCCCGGGAUUAAAUUUACGGCUAGGGACACUAAAGUGGCACGAUACUAUAUGGCCUCAUGUCCUUCUGUUCGGUCAUCAAAUAAUCAGUGUUGCGAACGAGAAGUAUUGACCCAUCUUGAUUUACAUAUCUCGAAUUUUUGCUGUGCUUACGCAAAAUAAGUUUCGUUUUUGAUCCACAAAAUCUGUCGUGGGUUUGCCUUCCUGUAUAUCGCUUUUCUUUUUGAGUCUUAUCCGAGUUAAUGGUUAGUUGUAAGUUUUCCUCAAAUAUCUUUGCGCGUAUAUAUUUGGUGCCCACUUGUACUAAUAUUUAUGCGUUGAACUGAUAAUAAUUUCCAUUCGGUUUUCAUGGUUUCUCACGUCGAGGCUAGUUUUAGUAUAUCUUAACUUUUUAUGAUAUCCGCUCUUACUAGUUCUGAGCAUAUUUUUUCACGGUCAUAAGCAGUUGCUAGGAUUUGCCUAACAACUGUUAUUUUACCAUGGCCAGCAAUUACGCCUGACGAUGAUCUGAAUGCCGUUUUCCUGUCACUUGCGACAGGCGGUGGAACAAACGCAAAGCAUUCAAAAUUCUUAGAGUAACUGCUCACAACAGACUUGGUAAGUCAGGUCUUAAUUGGGUGUGUGGUACAUACAACAGGAGUGCUGCGAGUUUGCUGAGCAAUAUCAUCAUUCUCUUGACAGGUCUGUGGGAAGAAUAGUUAGCGAUUCUUAAAAUGGCAGUGCUGAAACGAAUAAACAAACAGACUUGCAGUACGGUAGAAAAGGGAGUCUUAGAUAAAAUUAGUCUAGGUGGAGCAACUCAGCACCUCCAUGACAUUGAUAGUGUUAGACUCCCAGUACACUCGUGUCCCACAGGAAGGACUCCCAAACUGAAACUUUAGUCCUCAGAACUUCCUCUGUAAGCGACUGGACCCUCGUCAAGUGUUGAAACGCAUCAAACGCCACCGUCAAAAAUGCUGGACAGCCCAGAUAUUGUAAGAAAAUCAGCUAAUGGAUCGGUCGUGUAAUAUAUUCCCAAGAUUGUCCAACCAGCCAGACCGCAAUCUAACUCAUUAAACGGACCCUAACCUUAAUGUACUCAAAACCCGGAAAGCAAUCACGGUUCGCGAUGAUUCUCUCAUAAUUUGAGCUUCCUUUCAGUCUACAGAACGCAAACGACAGACGCUUUAGAAAGAGCUAAACAGGAAUCCCCAAACCCCUAAAUUAAGCCACUAACGGUUACACAAAUUACUCUGGUGGGGGAUACCAAACAGCAAAAUAGCCUAAAACUUGUGUGACGUCCGCCACCAGUGUCGAUGUAGAGGACUUUCUACUGGCCAGUCACUUGUUGAAAUCAGGAAGGGAUAUAGAAAUACUGCAUGAUAUGCUAUAUUCUAAGAGCAGUCUAACCAGGAAAAUCCCUAAAGAAUCUUGCUCCACGUUUUUUCGUGGGAGAAGUGUUAUUGUGCAAGGUGUUCCAACAAGCACACACUGAUUAUGCAGACCAUGAUAUCCUGGAGUGGAUUGAACUUGAAGCUGACAUAUUGGCCCAAAAAGCGCCACGAUUAUCUUAGAAGGACGGGGAUUCCAGACCCCAGCUAAUAAAGAUAACAUCCCCAUCCUCCCGAAUGGCGGCUGCCACUCUCGAAGCAUCUCGUGCCGACAGACGCCGGUUACCAUCUGGAAUCCGUAUGCAUCGGGACAGGCCACAUGACGCAGUUCAACUAACCUUAUUUUUACCUAUCAAAUUCCGAGAAAUCAUUUUCGUUUGUGAACUUACAUGGUGUUAUAAUCUCUUUCUUACGGUUGAUCCAGCUAUUCCUAUUGCAUAGUAUUCUCGGACACCGAUUCACUCGACAAGUCCCCAAAUCAGAACACGGUUCAACAGAAAAGAGAUUAUAUUCCAAAUAACAAGGUUAGAUGGAAGUAAGAAGCACAAUAGGGAAAACGUUAGUAUAUUUAUAGUUUUUUACAUGGGAAGAUUCUAGAGUAUUCUCUAAGUAUUGACUAGUGCUGAUUGAAUAAGAAUUAGCCACUCACCGUUCACCAAAGCAAUCGUGCAUUGAGCAUGUUUUAAUCCAGUCUAUGUCCCGCUAACACAUGGUAAAUUUAAUAUCAUCUUAUCCUUCCAACUUAACCAUUUUCGUCAAUUAUUAUCAAAAUAGGACGCAACGUUAGUGUACAUCGCCCCAGUAUGGCAAGAUAAGAAGCGCAAUAUGGUAUAUAUAGGCAUGAGUAAUAUUUCUUUCACUGCUGCAUAAAUUUACAGUUUGAACCAACGUAUCUUUGUGCGAAGCUCCUUGUUAGUGGGUCCCUAUUCUAUUGUUCUGCGAUAACCAAUUUUUUGAAAAAAUUGAAGAAAAACAACUGUACAUUCACACAAAUCAACUUAAUAGAAUCUGGGUGAUCAUGUUUGCCUCAUUAAAAGGAUUAUCUGCAAUCGUAACCGGAGGAUCAUCAGGACUUGGGCUGGCUACAACUAAAAAAUUAAUUGCUGAAGGGUGCAAUGUGUUGGUGUGUGACUUACAAAAGUCUCCUCUGUUAUCAGAACUAGGCAGUAAUUGUGUUUAUUGUGAAACAGAUGUUGGCUCGGAAUCUGAUGCAAUAAAAGCUGUAGAUUUGGCCGAGAAAAAUUUCUCAAAACUCCAUAUUCUGGUUAAUUGUGCUGGAUCGGCAGUGGCCUGUAAAACAUUUAAUAUCAAACGGCGAAAACCUCAUCCACUGGAUUUAUUCGAGAACAUAAUAAAGACUAACCUUAUCGGUACUUUCAAUAUGAUUCGACUUGCAUCUGGUUUAAUGUUAGCGAACGAACCAGACGCUGAUAAUCAACGUGGUGUAAUAAUUAAUACUGCGAGUAUUUCAGCAUAUGAAGGUCAAGUUGGACAAGCUGCUUAUUCCGCAAGUAAAGGUGGAAUUGUUGGUCUUACACUGCCAGUUGCUCGUGAUCUUGCACGAGAAGGGAUUCGGUGUGUUUCCAUUGCUCCAGGUCUAAUGAAUACGAAGACAAUACUGGGAGAGCGUGGAUUUGGUCAUUCUGAACUCGUUUAUUUAAAUGAUAUUCAAUUGGCGAUACAGCGUAUGGGUAAACCGGAUGAAUUUAGUUCCUGUGUAAUGAAUAUUCUUCAAAAUCCAAUGAUCAACGGUGUUACCUUAAGACUUGAUGGCGGAGGGAAACUUAUAUUUUUAUAAGACUAUAUCAUAUUUUGCUUUAUUUUUGUAUAUAUAAUCGUGUUUAGACAAUACACAAACAGGAUAUAUAACCUUUGUACACAGCCACUUACAGAUAUACGUUGCAUUUAUCAAUUUUCCAAAUUAUGUUUCUUUAGGAUUAUUUGAUACUCCAUUACUUAACGCCGUGCCAAAUGCAGAAUUGUUGAAAAAGCUUUCAUUAAACCCGAAUCGUGUAGGUAAACCUGAAGAAUUUGCAAAACUUGUUGAAUCCAUCAUCUGUAAUCCAAUGCUUAAUGGUACAGUAAUUCGAUUGGAUGGAGGUGUACGUAUGCCUCCUUAAAUAAUUAUUUCUAUGUAAUUCUCAUCAUUACAAUCUAAAUAUGGCAUGUAUAUCAUUUUUUACACCUACAUAAAAAAAUUGCUUAGAUUCUCU